AUGUUGGACUUACCAUCUUCCUCAUGUUGCCCAAUGACUCCAUUUCCAUUUAAAUCCAAUUUGGCGAUUUCUUUUGGUUUUCGACGAAAAAAUGCUGCUAGUUUACUUUUACUGUUCGAUUCUGGAAUUUUGAAAAUUUUAAGAGCUGGAAAUUCGAACCUCAGAAUUUCCGAACCUCAGAAUCUCAGAAUCUCAGAAUCUCAGAAUCUCAGAAUCUCAGAAUCUCAGAAUCUCAGAAUCUCAGAAUCUCAGAAUCUCAGAAUCUCAGAAUCUCAGAAUCUCAGAAUCUCAGAAUCUCAGAAUCUCAGAAUCUCAGAAUCUCAGAACCUUAGAAUCUCAGAAUCUCAGGAUCUCAGAAUCUCCGAAUCUCAGAAUCUCAGAAUUUCAGAAUAUCAGAAUCUCAGAAUUCCAGAAUUUCGAAAUAUUUCAAACUCCCAAACUCAAUCUCCGAGUUCUAGGAUCUUAGAAUCUCAGAAUCUCAGAAUCUCAGAAUCUCAGAAUCUCAGAAUCUCAGAAUCUCAGAAUCUCAGAAUCUCAGAAUCUCAGAAUCUCAGAAUCUCAGAAUCUCAGAAUCUCAGAAUCUCAGAAUCUCAGAAUCUCAGAAUCUCAGAAUCUCAGAAUCUCAGAAUCUCAGAAUCUCAGAAUCUCAGAAUCUCAGAAUCUCAGAAUCUCAGAAUCUCAGAAUCUCAGAAUCACAGAAUCUCAGAAUCUCAGAAUCUCAGAAUCUCAGAAUCUCAGAAUCUCAGAAUCUCAGAAUCUCAGAAUCUCAGAAUCUCAGAAUCUCAGAAUCUCAGAAUCUCAGAAUCUCAGAAUCUCAGAAUCUCAGAAUCUCAGAAUCUCAGAAUCUCAGAAUCUCAGAAUCUCAGAAUCACAGAAUCUCAGAAUCUCAGAAUCUCAGAAUCUCAGAAUCUCAGAAUCUCAGAAUCUCAGAAUCUCAGAAUCUCAGAACUUCAGAAUCUCCGAGUUCUAGAAUCUUAA